AUGGUGGAAAUCAAUUCAAAUGCUGCUCAUGUGUUUACAGCUCUACCCACAGAGGAGCAAGCCGGGGAAAGCUCUUCCACAACGCUAGUUGGAACAACAGACCAGAUAUUAGAUGGACUCUUGACUAAAGUCGGAUAUGGCUUGUUUCAAAGGAAGCUCUUGAUAUUAUGUGGAUUUGGAUGGUUAGCGGACAAUAUGUGGCUUCAGACCGUUGCAAUCAUUCUUCCUCGAGUACAAGACCACUACGAUGUUCCUGAUAAAUGGAUUGGCACUGUAUCAAGCUCACUUUUCGCUGGUAUGACAUUUGGUGCGUUCUUUUGGGGAACUUACUCUGAUACAAAAGGCAGAAAGGUGCCCUACACAAUGACUCUUGUGAUCACAUCAAUAUUUGGGCUGUUAUCAAGCUUUACAUUCAAUUUUGCAACGCUGUGUGUAACGUUGUUCUUCCUUGGAUUUGGUGUUGGCGGAAAUAUGCCAACCGAUGGCGCACUGUACCUCGAGUUUUUGCCCAAAGAAUAUCACUACUUGCUUACAUUCAUGUCUGUAUUUUUCUCAUUUGGAGCUGUGCUUGCAUCCAUCAUUGGCUAUUUGAUCUUACCGAAAUGGAGCUGUCCAGAGACGACAUUAGAGCCUUGCGACAUGCACACACAGAACAACGGCUGGAGAAUCAUGCUAUUCACAGUGUCCAUGGUGACAUUUGUCAUGCUGGCGCUCAGAAGCCUAUGGUUGAAGCUACCAGAAACCCCAAAAUUCCUAAUGAGUCAAGAUCGACACAACGAGACUAUCAUUGUACUGCAGGACAUUGCAAAGAUAAAUGGAGGACAUGUACAUAUAGGCAAGGACGAACUACCCAACAUGCGGCAUAGAUACCGACACACCACAUCCGAUGAGGAGGCGGAGGAAGAGGAAGGAGAGAGCUUUGAUAUGAUGGAAAGUCUUAGUAGUAGCUUGAACGAAGACAGCGAUGAGGUCAAUCGUGUACUAUUAUCGAAUGGACAGCAUGCCGAAGAGAUUGUGGUCAAGGAAAAGGAAAAGACCAAAGCAUUUAAAUUACUGAUGAGUCCUCAGUGGCGAUUGACAACAUUGCUGAUCUGGUCGAUCUGGACAUUUACAUCAGUUGCCUAUACCAUGUUUAAUGUAUUUCUGCCCAAAUUUUUGGAAACAUUGGGAUUUGAAGGGGAAGCAGUGCCGACUCGAGAACAAGUGUAUUGGGAUUACAUGAUUUACUCUUUAGCAGGUGUGCCUGGAUCUGUGAUUGCCUCAUGGAUGAUUGAAACAAGACUAGGCAGAAAAGGCACAAUGGCAGUGUCAGCAUUUGGCUCAUCCAUUGCACUCUUUUUGUUUUCCAUCAUCAGCUCCCGUGUUACCAUGGUACUUUCCAGCUCAUCCGUGUCCUUCUUGGCCACCUUGCUCUACGCAGUAAUCUACGGCUACACACCAGAAGUAUUCGAUACCAAGGUGCGCGGAACAGCAGUAGGCACAGCGUCUGGCUUGGGGAGAAUUGCGGGUAUUGUCAGUCCAAUCAUCACGGGCAUCCUACUCACGAUCAAUACAUCAUUACCGCUCUACAUCAGUGUGAUUGGAUUUGCGAUUGUUGGAGUAUGUGUUAUUUUAUUGCCGUUUGAAACUAGAGGCGUAUCACACUGA